AUGGGAGAAUCUUCUUCAUCAUACAUACACAUGGUACAAUAUCUGAUUGAAAAGUGUUUGAUCUUCCACAUGACAAAAGAAGAGUGCAUGGAAGCUCUUUCCAAGCAUGCAAACAUCCAACCAGUUAUUACUUCCACUGUUUGGAACGAGUUAGCGAAAGAAAACAAAGGGUUCUUCGAAGCAUACAAUGAAUCUCAAAGCAAGAAAGAUAAGAUGUCGGAGGCUGAGACGAGUGCCAUGAUCCAGAAGAUGAUAACAGAUCAUGAUUCUUCCACCAAGAAACCCCAAGAUUCAUCCUCAGUAACUGACCAUCAGGAAAUGAUCGAAUCAGAUUGA